UCUGUUGAUCACGUCUUGAAACAGGCCAAUCAAAUAGUUCAAUUUUUUAAAAAAUCACAUAGAGCAAAUCGGCUUCUUCAUGAUAGUAUCAAAAAUAUGAAUUUAGAAGGUGGUGGUUUAGAAACGUACUGUGAAACAAGAUGGGCUUCUAUUUUUGGAACCACAUCUUCAAUAGUAAGAUUAAAGCCCGUUUUUGAUAAGAUUCAUUCUUAUUACAUUUCUAAUCUUAAAAAUGAACUUAAAUUUUAUGGAAAGGAGUUGUCAGAGAGUGAGUUACGUGAAAGUGUGUUAAACCAAACAACGUAUGCGGAAAUAGAAAAUACUAACAUGUUAGAACAAAAUGAAGACGUUUUAAUGUCUUUUCAAUUGUCAAAUCAUGAGAAACUUGAAAUAGGAUCGGUCGUCAAUUUGUCGGAUACAAAUUUUGGUGGUCAAGGUGAUAAUGAAGAA